AUGGCUCAAUCGCAACCGCCGCCUGCACGGCCAACUUUGCCUCAGACACAGAGUCCCUUUCAGCGCGAUUUCACAGGCGGCCAUGGCAGACCUAGUCCGCUCGGUCCUCAGUCUCCGCAACUGGCCAUGAAUUACUCCUCACCUUCGCCUCAGCAAUUCUCACCUCAGGCGUACAAUCAGCCUCCGGCGGCGAAGCGUCCUCGCUUGUCGCCAGAUGCUCAAUCUCCCUUCUCUCCCCAAAGUUAUCCUCCAACCCCAGGGGGCCAACCUACAACCCCCGGCGGAAACGUUCAGACGAAUGGAACUGGACCCCCGAAUUCGAGACAAGGGCUGAUGCCACCCCCACAGAGACCUAGUGACAAAGCGGAAGAUCGGAACUACGAAGACAUUUUGUCGGGUACUGGGAUCAACAUCGAGGAAGAAGCGAGAAUGCUUGUCAGGCCCGACUAUUAUGGAUCAUCAACGCCACGACCAGCAUCACAGCCGCAAUCGGCAGGCUUCCGUUAUCACGUAAACUCUUUGAACGCAGGAGAAGCUGGAGACUCGGUGAACGGCACCCCACAGGGACAAACUGGGUCGGAAAAUCAACCUCAGCCCUAUCAACCUUCGACGGAGGAGUUGAAGCACAGGGAUGAGGAGCGUGCAGAUUGGGAGGCUUCUAGGCAUAGCCAACAUCCACUCUGGGACAUGUUCCUGCUCGGUGGUGCUUUGAACGAUAAGAUUCGCACUAUCAGCAUCACCGAGCACUUGGUCGAUCCGCAAUCGGGCGUUUUGGUUAAUACCCAAAAACAUGCCCCACCUCCAACUGUACGGGUGAACGGUCUCGAGGGCUCGUCUCGUGUUAUUGACAAAGGCCAAGCUAUUCUCGACACAGGAACCAAGGGGGAGAGACUGUCUGACAUUAUGAAGGUCAUCAGUUUAGCCACAAAAGCGAGAUUGACUGGUGUCGUAAGUGCUUCUGCAAGGAUCUCCCAAGAAAGGCAACUGCAUUCCAAAGGGAAGGUUCCCGAUGAAUGGCAAGAUUUAGCAUCUGUGACUAAGCCGCUGAAUGAGGCCCUUGACGGUGCGUCGAGCCCAGCCGGGAGCACAAGUCUGAAGCGCACGCAUUCACAGGCCAACAGUGAGCCGGUAUUCUCUGCAGAUCCAGUGCCAGCCCCUGCCCGCAUACUCGACGUUUUGGACAAGACCUCGCAGGCCGAACGAGCUGUCGAGGACGCGCGCAGGCAAAAACGACUAAAAAGGAAAGCAACCACCAAUGCUGAUGGAACAGUCGGGACACCUUCAGCCGAUGCCGCAGCCGAGGCCGCGGCCGUGGCAGCAUUGGAGUCAGACAAGAAGACGACCAAGAAGGAGAGAAAGUUGGCCGAGUCAAAGUUCUCGGAGCAACAGCAGCACAAGUCUGCGAACGAGGCUGCGCGAAUGGCUUUCUCAGGUCUCCUGGGUAAGGGCUUUGGCAGCAAAAAGCAGAGGACUUACGACUGGAUGAAGGGUAGCGGGGCCAGCCCUGCAAUGACUCCGGGAAGACCUGCUCUAUCAGCAACUGCGUCGACUGCUGGGACACCGGGUCCUGAUCGAGCUCGUGCUGCCCCCAAAGACAAACAACUUGGCCAAUGGGACGAGGAAAAAGAUCCCAAGAUACAAGCUCGAGACGUCUUUCUUGUAUUGGAAGGGGAUGGGCGGAACUCGAGAUCUUACUUACGAGGUCUGAGCCUGCCCGAGAAAUAA